AUCGUUACGUAUAUAUAACUCCAGACGAGGCCCAGUUCCUCGUAUUGCAACAAUUUUCUCUGUAGGUCGGAUUCCCUUGGGGUACAAGCACGGAUCUUUCGGUUACUGUCUGGAACUGUUUCUUUUCUUUUCUCGCUUGAAGCUAUAGGCCACAAGCAUCCAUUCCUUAGUUGUGUACAUGCACACCACUCCUUGCUAUAUCCUGUUCACUCCUUACCAAACAUAAACUCCGUGCUCUACAAGACCUUUAGAGUACAAUAACUCCCAUCAUGCGUGCUUUCUUUAACUUGGCUGUAGCUGCUGCUACGGCAUUGGUCUCCCAGACUCUGGCCCUGCCCAUCGUCGUGUCUCCAGGGACAGCGGGAGACUUGAUCAUCACAAAAGAAAAUACCAUCAAUGGCACUGCCUCACCAAACACCGACAGCCCGGAUUCUGUCGCCAACCCACUCAAAGUCUCUUUAGUUAACAAUUUUGGAGGAGGACAACUAAACGCAUAUGUAACCGGCCAGGACCCCUCUGGGUCCCUGGUCAUGCUGGGGACCGACGGCAAAUGGUACCGUCCCGACCCCCAGGGCAGCUCCGUCCCGGUAGAAAUCAACGCGAGCAUCGCCAUCCCCAUGAAGGGCAAAGGCGAGGCCACCGAGUUCAACCUACCCGAUUACAUCAGCUCCGGACGGAUAUGGGUCGCCGAAGGCAAACUAAAGUUCUUCACCGUCGUGGCCGGUGACGGGUCCGCCCAGCUCGUCGAGCCCUCCGCCGCCAACCCCAAGGACCCCUCGGCGGCCGUCAACUGGGGCUUCGUCGAGCUGACCAACACCGAGAAGGGCGGCAUCUACGCCAACAUCUCCUUCGUCGACUUCGUCGGCCUCGUCAUGGGGAUGUCCCUAACCAUCGGCGACGGGACCAAGCAAACCGUCAAAGGCCUCGGCCAAGGCGCCAUAGACGCCAUCUGCAAGGAGCUGAAGACGCAGGCGGGGACGGACAGCCAGCCGUGGGACGAGCUGUGCGUGACGGACGCAGGCGGCAAGUCGCUGCGCGUCGUCUCGCCGAACCUGUACCUCUCCACCAACGCCGCCGCCAUGGAGACGUACUACGACGCCUACAUCGAGCAGGUGUGGGCCAAGUACGCCUCGACGGACCUGACCAUCAACACGCAGGCGGACGCGGGCAAAGUCGCGUGCCGCGUCAGCGGCGACACGCUCACGUGCGCCGGGGACAACCGCGGGUACCGCAGGCCGACCGUCGCCGACAUCUGGGGGUGCAACUCGGGCGCCUUCGAGAUCCGCGAGUCCGACAACGCGGUGCACCGCGCCGUGGUGCCGCGCCUGUGCGCGGCGUUCUACCGCACGACGCUGCUCGCGGAGGGGGGCGCCCUCCAGCCGUCGCUGCAGGCGGACAGCUACUACAAGGCGGACCCGACGAGCCACUACUCGCGCAUCGUGCACGCGCACGAGCUUGAUGGGAAGGGGUACACGUUCUCGUACGAUGACGUGAACCCUGAUGGCGAGAACGAGGCGGGGGUCGUCUCGGGGAUGAGCCCGCAGACGCUGGAGAUCACGGUUGGUGGGUUCUCUUCUUAACGUAACCUGCCUAGGUAGGUACCUGCUAUCUAACCUGGUAGGUUCUAGUCAGGCAAUGAAGCCUUCGAUUUAAGGGACAAAGUUGCUUCAUGGCGCAGACGAGUCGUGAAUGAUCUUCAUGUUGUAUAUAACCUUUCCA